AAGAGGAAGAAGGCCAAGGGACCAGCGCAGCUCUCGAAGUACUUCAACAAGGACUCGGACGCCAGCGACAGUUCAGACUCGGGCAAAGGGCCUCGCUCGGCGAUCUCGGGUAAGAGGAUCAAGUUGAAGCUCAACCGGAACAAGGAAGAAAAGGAGAUGGACAAGAAGAGGAAGGAGGUCCUCGAGUUCUACAACCAGAUGUACACAUGA